AUGCCAUUUGAAGAGAUAUCCGACAUACGUCUACGUUUCAUCUUCGACUUCAUCCAACUGAUUACUGAUGUAAAAUGGGAUAAAGUGAAGAAGUUUCUUGAAGAUGCUAACAGUGUACAAACAAUUAUUGAUUAUUUUGAACAAAUGGAUCAACUUCACCUAUUCAUCACAGUCACACCAACUGGUAUCUUUGAGAUAAUGACACAGUUCCCAGCGAAAUUUAAAUCAAAAGUGUUUUAUUUUAUUAAAAAAGGGAAAUACGCCAUGGAGAGAUAUGUUGAUUUUGCCACUUUACAAAAUCAAAUUAAUUAUGGAGAAAUGAAUAAAUCACCGCUGCAUCAUUUUAUUGCUUUUGUAAAUACAGUUCUUUCACCAGUCAUAUUGAAUGAACAAAAUCGUGAAGGUUGGCCAGAAUCCCUGAGUGAAUAUGUUAUAAGAGACUUGUAUAAUUUACAGAAAAAAUCUGCUACAGUAUUGGCACGUAUAGAAGGGAAAACACAUUUAGCACAUCCAAUUGGAAUUGAAAAAAUUAAAGGUCAACCGCCAAUAUCAUGCAAUGGAGAUGAUGUCAAUGGAAGUUUAAUGUAUGCCAUUGAAACAGCUGUUAUCGAUUGGAGUGCACAAAUUGAUGAUAUCCUAAAACAAGAAUCGGAUCAACUCAUAAAAAGUGGACAAUUCCCACUACCAAAAUAUGAAUAUGAAUUUUGGGAACAGCGAAUGACAUGUAUGCAUGAUAUUUACGAACAGUUGAUCAAUAGUAAGGUGAAGAAAAUGGCGUUAAUUCUUGAGUCGAAUGAUAGCGCCUAUGCUAAUCCAUUUAAAGAAACCUUUAAACGAGUUGUUCGUGGUAUGUUUUAA